AUGAAGCUGCUGCUGCUGUCUGUGGGGCUGACCCUGGUCUGUGCCCACCAUGAAGAGAAGCAUGAUGUCGUGACAAGCAACUUUGACAUGUCAAAGAUUUCUGGGGAGUGGCAUACCAUUCUCUUGGCCUCGGACGUGAAGGAAGAUAUAGAAGAACUCGGUAGCAUGAGAAUGUUUGUGGAAUCCAUCCAGGCCUUGGAUAACUCUUCUCUGUUACUGAAAUAUCAUAAAAAGAGCAACGGAGAAUGUGCUGAACUGACUUUCGUUUCUGAAGAAACAGAAGAGGAAGGUAUAUAUAGUGUUUUCUAUGAGGGAUACAACGAGUUUCACAUAGUUGAAGCAGACUACAAUGACUAUGUUAUUUUUUAUUUCUUGAAUUACCAUAAUGAGAAAAUAACCCAAGGAAUGGAGCUCUACGGCCGCAACCCAGAUGUGAAUCCUCAAAUCAAGAAAAGGUUUGAGGAACUUUGCAAAUACCAUGGAAUUCCAGAGGAAAACGUGCAGGACUUGACCAAUGCUGACCCCUGUUCCCAGGACUGAUGGAGCCACAGAGCCCAGGCCUCCAGUGCCCAGUGAGUGCUUCCUUCCACGGUCCCCAUGUCAUCCUGUGACAAGUUCUGUGACCUGAUUUCCAGGACUGUACUCCAGGAAGGCAUUAUCUCUGAAUCUUCAGCAUCUUCUCAACGUGUCUAGAAAAGACUCAUCAACUCACCAAGAACCAAAUGUUUU